AUGGACCAGCUGCCCCGUCUCCCAUGUCCUUUCUCUGGGACCCCUGUGCCCUGUGCCCCGGCCAGGGAUGGCCUCUGGCUCCUGGUCACCUACCUGGAAGAACUGGGAGCCACAGAGCUCAAAAAGUUCAAGUUCUGCCUGGGGCCAGCCUCAGCACAAGGGCCCAGGGGGAUUGCCUGGAGCUGCCUGGAGACCGCAGGGCCUCUGGAGGUGGCCCAGCUGCUGGUUACCCACUGUGGGGAGCAGGGGGCCUGGCUGAGGGCCCUGAACAUCUUUGAGCAGAUCAACAGGAAGGACUUAUGGGAGAAAGGCCAGAGAGAGGAGCUGGUGAGCGAUCCCCGCGAGACGUACCGGGACCAGGUGCGCCGCCGCUUCCGGCUGAUGCAGGAUCGCAACGGGCGCCUGGGCGAGUGCGUGAACCUGAGCCAGCGCUACACGCGGCUGCUCCUGGUCCAGGAACACGCCACCCCACUGCUGGCGCAGCAGACGCUGCUGGGCACAGGCCGCGGGCACGUGCCGGCCGCCGGCCGCCAGGCCAGCCUCAUCUGCAUGGAGGCGCUCUUCGAGCCGGACGAGGCGCGGCCCGAGCCGCCCUGCACUGUGGUCCUGCAGGGGGCGGCCGGCAUGGGCAAGUCCAUGCUGGCGCACAAGGUGAUGCUGGACUGGGCCGACGGGCGCCUCUUCCAGGACAGGUUCGAUUACGUCUUCUACAUCAACUGCCGCGAGCUGAACCAGGGCGCUGCCCCGCGCAGUGCCCGUGACCUGUUGUCCGAGCUGCGCGCACCCUUCCCGGAGUUGCUGCGCGCGCCCGAGCGGCUCCUGUUCAUCAUCGACGGCUUCGAUGAGCUCCAGCCCGCCCUCCACGACGCCCGUGGGCCCCCGGAGCUGGGCUGGGAGCAGAAGCAGCCCCCCGCGCUGCUGCUUGGCAGCCUGAUGAGGAAGGAGCUGCUACCCGAGGCAUCUCUGCUCGUCACCACGCGGCCCACGGCCCUGGAGAAGCUGCAGCGUCUGCUGCAGCAGCCCCGGCACGUGGAGGUGCUGGGCUUCUCGCCGCAGGAGCGGGAGGAGUACUUCCACAAGUACUUCCUCGACGCGGAGCAAGCUGGCCUGGCCUUCCGCCUGGUGCGGGACAAUGAGCCGCUCUUCACCCUCUGCUUUGUGCCGCUGGUGUGCUGGGUGGUGUGCACGUGCCUCAAGCAGCAGCUGGAGGCCGGUGGGCUCCUGAGACAGACCUCCCGGACCACCACGGCUGUCUACCUGCUCUACUUCCUCACCCUCAUGCAGCCCAAGUCCGGUGCUACCGCCGCACCGCAGCCACCUCCCAACCUAAGGGGACUCUGCUCGCUGGCGGCCAGCGGUCUCUGGAGCCAGAAAAUCCUGUUCGAGGAGCAGGACCUGCGCCAGCACGGCCUCGACGGGGCGGACGUGUCGUCCUUCCUCAAUAUGAACAUCUUCCAGAAGGACAUCGACUGUGAGAAGUUCUACAGCUUCAUCCACCUGAGUUUCCAGGAGUUCUUUGCGGCCAUGCACUACCUGCUGGCCGGGGCAGAUGCGCUGGAUGGGGCGCACGGGGCAUGCGGGAGCAGCUCGCCAGUGCACAGGCUGCUGGCCGAGUACGGCCUGUCGGAGCGGAGCUUCCUGGCGCUCACCGUGCACUUUCUCUUCGGGCUCCUGAACGAGGAUCUGCAGGGUGCUCUGCAGAGGAGCUUGGGCUGGACCGCGUCCCCCCACGGCGUCCGCGCACAGCUGCUGGCAUGGAUCCGCGCCAAGGCGCAGAGCGACGACGGCACGCUGCAGCGCGGCUCCCUGGAGCUCUUCAGCUGCUUGUACGAGAUCCAGGAGGACGCCUUCAUUCAGGAGGCCCUGAGCCCCUUCCAGGUGGUGGUGGUCAGUGACAUCACCACCAACAUGCAGCACGCCGUGUCGUCGUUCUGUGCGCGCAGCUGCCGGAACCUGGUGGUCCUGCACCUGUACGGCGCCGCCUAUGGGGCAGACGCGCAGAACCCGCAGGAACGCUGCCCGCACCCCGAGAGGAGUGUCCUGCCUGCCGCCUAUGGUGAGCAGCUGGCAGAGGCUCUGAGCACCAACCCGGGCCUGCUGGAGCUGGCGCUCUACCGCACCGCGCUGGGGAACCAAGGGGUGAGGCUGCUGUGUCAGGGGGUGCGGCACCCCAGCUGCAGACUCCAGAACCUGCGGUUGAAGCGCUGUGGGCUCCCGGCUGCCGCAUGCCAGGACCUGGCAGCUGCCCUGGUCGCCAACAACCACCUGCUCAGGGUGGACCUGAGCAGCAAUGGCCUGGGGCUGGCGGGCGCAAAACUGCUGUGUGAGGGGCUCCGGCACCCCAGCUGCCGACUCCAAAUGCUCCAGUUGCGGAAGUGCCAGCUGGAAGCCGAGGCCUGCCUGGAGGUGGCAUCUGUGCUCAGUACCAGCCGCCAUCUGCUGGAACUGGACCUGACGGGGAACCCUCUGAAAGACUCUGGGUUGCAACUGCUGUGCCCGGGUCUGAGGCAUCCCCUCUGCAGGCUGCGGAUCCUGUGGUUGAAGAUCUGUCACCUCACGGCAGCGGCCUGUGAGGACCUGGCAUCCGUGCUGGGUGCAAGCCCCAGCUUGGUCGAGCUGGACCUGAGCCUGAAUGAACUGGGGGACCCCGGUGUGCUGCUGCUCUGCGAGGGCCUCAAGCACCCCCAGUGCCGACUGCAAACUCUCCGAUUGGGUAUUUGCCGCCUGGGCUCUGAGGCGUGUGGGGGGCUCGCUGCUGUGCUCCAGGUCAACCCACACCUUCGGGAGAUGGACUUGAGCUUCAACGACCUAGGGAAUGAAGGCCUGAGGCUGCUGAGUGAUGGGCUGACCCACCCCACCUGCAGGAUACAGAAACUGUGGCUGGACAGCUGUGGCCUCACUGCCAAGGCCGGUGAGCGUCUGUUUGGUGCCCUGGCGACCAGCCAGACCCUAAGGGAGCUUUACCUGACCAACAACGCCCUGGGGGACUCAGGGGUGCGGUCACUGUGCCGGGGGCUGAGGCUGUCCACCUGCAAACUCCGUGUGCUCUGGCUGUUUGGCAUGAACCUGAGUAAGGCCACUCACAAGAGGCUGUCAGCGCUGCGCCUGGCUAAACCUUACCUAGACCUUGGGUGCUGA